AUGGGACGAAGACCAGCUAGAUGUUAUCGGUAUUGCAAGAACAAACCUUAUCCGAAGUCGAGGUUUUGUCGGGGUGUUCCAGAUCCAAAGAUUCGAAUUUUCGAUCUUGGGAAGAAGAGGGCAGAUGUUGAGGAGUUCCCGUUGUGUGUGCAUAUGAUAUCGGAUGAGUAUGAACAACUUUCUAGUGAAGCACUAGAAGCUGCUCGUAUUUGUGCGAAUAAAUAUUUGUUGAAGCACUGCGGGAAAGAUGCAUUCCAUGGGCGUAUACGUGUGCAUCCUUUCCAUGUUAUCCGGAUAAACAAGAUGUUGUCGUGUGCCGGAGCUGAUCGUCUGCAAACAGGAAUGAGAGGUGCAUUUGGUAAGCCUCAGGGUACGGUAGCGCGAGUUGACAUUGGUCAAGUUAUAAUGUCAGUUCGUGCCCGUGAUCAGCAUCAAGCUCAAGUGAUUGAAGCUCUGAGACGUGCGAAGAUGAAGUUUCCAGGUCGACAAAAGAUAGCCGUGUCACGUAACUGGGGUUUCACGAAAUGGCCACGUGGUAGUUUCCAGGAGAUGCGUGCUAAGGGUCAGUUGGUGUCGGAUGGUGUUGGCGCGAAAUAUAUCCCUGCUCAUGGCCCCCUAGAACAAUGGAAGAAUUCACAAGCACGUCUAGCUGGAAUAAACGCGUGA